UAGAGCGAGGGGGGGGGGUAGAAGAUCAUGCUGCAAAUAUGGAACCACUUAGGGCCUGAGAGCUCAGCCCAUGAGGGGUUAAAGAUGGCGACGGGGAUAAGUGGAGCUUGUUUAUCGCAGAUUUUUGACAGUGGGUAGUUAAAUGGUGCGUUUUCACAGCCCAGCCUCCAGUCUGGGGAAGCAGACCAGGCUCCGCAGCGCCCUGCACACCGCCUCCGCUCUUCCUCAUCUCCGACCCUAAAUCUUCUUGCGUGACUCGGGACAAAGGAGAGGAGGAUUAGUUUCUCCUCCGGUCUUCCCUCACCUCCACACUCACCGUCUCCAUCGCUGCUCCGGGGCCUGUGAGAUUACCUCGUCCACGUCCUCCGUCCUCCACCGGCCGCCGCCGCCGUCGUUGCCCUUUUGCCCUUUUGCCCUUUUGCCGUUUGCCCUUGCCUCUUUCGGGUCCCUUCGCGGUGGAACUUACUCUCGGACCCGACGCCCACCGGAGUCCCCCGCAGAUGCAGACCGCAGCCCGAUGAAGCGGGCGCUCGCCAGCAGCCCAGAUGCAUUUGCGACUCUUUGCCACUGUGAUGUCCUUGCUGUGUGAGGUGAUCAGGAUGGGGUCUGGUGUCAUGCAGAAGCAAAGUGCUCAGCGGGAGACGUCGGAGGACUGCCGGAGCUGCCUGGAGUGUUCCCGUGACAACGGCUGCGUGCGUUGCCCCGAGCGACUCUUCCUGUUCCUGCAGCGGGAGGGGAUGUCUCACCACGGGACGUGUCUCCACGCCUGCCCGGCGGGACACUACGGACAGAGAGGGAAGGACAUCAACCGCUGCAUGAAGUGCCGCUCGCCGGACUGCGAUCACUGCUUCAGCCGAGACUUCUGCACCAAGUGCAAACCGGGCUUCCUGCUGUUCAAAGGCAAGUGUGCGACGAGCUGCCCGAGGGGGACGUUCGCCCACCAAACGGACUGUAUAGAGAACUGUCUCUUCGCUCCGCUGGGCGAGUGGAGCGAGUGGAGCGUCUGCCUCCGUGACGGCGUCACCUGCGGCUUCAGGUGGGGCAGGCAGACCCGGACCCGGGCGGGCCGGACGCCCGAGGAGAGCGCGGCGUCGCUCUGCCCGUCCCACAGCGAGACGCAGAGGUGCCGGAUGAGGAAGAAGUGUCCCACAGAGGGAAGACAGAAUCAAAAACUCGGACUGGGAAAGAAGAGGGAGAGGAAACGACUGCGGCUGCUCGCCAGCGGCAACAGCAACGCCGGCAACUCGCCGAACGCGACGACGGGCGGCGCCGGAGAGGUUCCCGAGGAGGUGACGGACGCGCCCGGAGACCAGCCGCUCGGCACGACGCGCGUCAGCGGAGACUUUUUAAUCUGAGACUAAAAAUCAACUGUUUGUUUCUUUGUUUCCGAUCGGGACUCGGUUUCAGAAGUCGUCAUCGGCUGCACGUUGCUUACUGGAAACUCAAAGACGAGCAACUCCAGUCGACAUCAUGACGGAGGAAUUCUUGCGAGGCCUGUGCGUGAAGAUUUCCACCGGACGAUCUUUAUGAUUAUGAACAGUUCCUGUGAGUUGGUGAAGAAAACUGAAGAAAGGUCAAAGUUACAUUUGUGCGUUUGUAUUUAAAAGGAGAGAGACGACCCUUUGAGAAGACGGAAGGAAACCCGCGCUAUUUCUUCAAACUAAACACUUUUUUAAUAUAUAAGUGUCGUAACCAUGACGAUGUAUCAUUUAGCCGCUCGUCUCCUCCGAUAUCGCACAAAGUGGCCGCGACCGAAGAUGUGAAUAUUACCGGUUUGGCUUCGAUGAAUGUUUCAUAUGAGAAAAUGGGAUUUCAGUCCACAACAUGAAUGGAUGUUUCACAUAUUGAUGUUGCCGCCACGUUUUUUUUUUUUUUUUUUAACAUUAUUUUGCUGCCUGCAACACUUGUAGCUAUUUGCAGACUUGUUCAGUACAGACAUGAGUCCUGAGUUAAAAAAAUAAAUAUUUGAAUUGGUAUCUUUGCUUAUGUGAUAAGAAGAUUGCGACAGUAAAAUAAUUCCUCUUUGUCACUUACACCGUUACUGUCGAAACGUUUCUCA